UUUGACACUCAAUAUGAACAAAACUGGAGUCCUGGGCACCGAUUCGUUCAGAACCAUAGCGGGGAAAGACCUUGAAAAAAUAGGAUACACAUCCACGACCACCGGAGAGUUUUUUAGUGCGCGCCAACUUCUCAGGGAAUUACGGGGAUUGCCCUGCUCAGAACAGCUCGCGACCUGUGUUCAGGACCUAAUAUUUUCAAUUUACAUAUUCCUCACAGCCUUAAUUGUACCUGCUGGAUAUUUUAUGUUCACUCGGACAUUCUUUCUUCGACCGGAAGUGUCAAGUUAUACUCAACUACGUCACGGGAUGUUUUCAUGCAUUCUAUUUGGGACCUUACAUCUUCUCAUCUUGCUCACAGCUGCAUCUAUCAACGUAACGGAUCACAUUUUUGACUCGACGUAUAAUAGGAAACCAUCGGCAUAUUUUAUACUCGUGAAUGUCGUCGGAAUUUUUCCAGGAUUUCAUCUUGCCAAAGAGAUUUGGAUUUGGGUGAAGAAACGUGGUAGAAAUAAUAUUGAACUCCUGAAUCUAAACGAGUUAAUCUAGUAAUCUUAUCUAAUCCAGUGAUUGUUAA